GAUCUGUCUUUUCCGCUUUCGGCUCGGAGGAGGCAACGGUGCAACUUUCUUCGGUCGUCCCGAAUCCGGGUUCAUCCGACACCAGCCACCUCCACCAUGCCGCCCAAGUUCGACCCCAACGAGAUCAAAGUCGUGUACUUGAGGUGCACCGGAGGCGAGGUCGGUGCCACAUCCGCGUUGGCCCCCAAGAUCGGCCCUCUGGGUCUGUCUCCAAAAAAAGUUGGUGAUGACAUUGCCAAGGCUACCGGUGACUGGAAAGGUCUGAGGAUUACAGUGAAACUGACCAUCCAGAACAGACAGGCCCAGAUUGAGGUGGUGCCUUCUGCCUCUGCCCUGAUCAUCAAAGCACUCAAGGAGCCACCAAGAGACAGAAAGAAGCAGAAGAACAUCAAACACAGUGGAAAUAUUACCUUUGAUGAGAUUGUCAACAUUGCCAGACAAAUGAGACACCGUUCUUUAGCCAGAGAGCUUUCUGGAACUAUUAAGGAGAUCCUGGGUACUGCACAGUCUGUGGGUUGCAAUGUGGAUGGCCGCCACCCUCAUGACAUCAUAGACGACAUCAAUAGUGGUGCAGUGGAGUGCCCAGCUAGUUAAGAAGCAACAAGAGUAUUUAAAUAAAGAACCAUCUGAUAAA